AUGGUAGAAACUACAGUGUCGGGUCAAAGCCAGAAUAAUAGUGAGGAAAAGCCUAAGCCUUGCUGUGUUUGUUUAACUGAAAAGGAGGCCAGGGAUCAAUGUCUAUUGUUUAAAGGUGCAGAUGAUGGUAAAUGUAAAGAAUAUAUCGAGAAAUAUAGGAUGUGUAUGAAGAGUUUUGGAUUUGAGAUAUGA